AGCAAAAUCCCUCAAAAAUCAGGUGCACACUAAUAUUCAUAGAAGGGUCGUAUUCUAUUUGAGAUACAGGCCACACAAACUUUUAUUUUUAUGCCCUUAAGUUAUAUUUUUGACUAAAUCAAGGGCCAUAACUCUGGUCUGGCUGAGUGAAAUUUCGCAUGCUAAAUAACAAUCCUAUUAGGUUUGAUGACUCUAGAUCAAAUACUUCAUGGGAAAUGCACGGCGCAAGCUCGGGGGCUGAUAGACGUACGCACAUAGACGCCCUCACAAAAAUGGGGUACACAAAACGAUCAACAGAAGGGUAACAUAUCUACUCAACUAAUACCGUGUUCACACUAGCAGUUAGGUUUUAUUUUUAUCAGGCACUAAUUGGCUAUAAUUGGUAUCUGACAUUUAAAACUUAUAAAAAUAUAAUCUAGUUUGUGUCCACACUAUGCAAAGAAAUGUGGUUUAAAUAUAUACAUGCAAUGUUGGAAGUUAACAAAUAUUUUGCAAUAAGCAAAAAAGGUUACAAAGAAGGAGGCUAACAGAAACAAGGAGUCAUCAAUGUUUAAACUUCUGUGUUCAUCUAAGAAUUUCUUUUCAUUCCAUCUAUAGUCCAUUUUGAGCAUCAGCAUGACUCCUAUCGUAAUUUAAUGUUUUUGUUUCAUCGACACUCCAAUUACUUUUGCCAGCCAUAGCAUCAAUUGUUUGUUUCAAAAGAGAAACACAUGGUAUUCUUCUGCCAAAAGGUAAGAUCUGUGGGAUUGUAAAACCAGUUAUAACUCACAUUUGCGUUCACACUUGUAAAAUAAUGUAGUAUUACUUUUCAAUAUAGUAUUAAAACCACCUCCCGAGGUAGUUUUAAUGCUACAUUACAGAAAUCACUUGACCUUUACAUAAUUCACGGUUUACACCACAUAUAGUGUGGACGCAGAGUUUAAAAAAUAAACCCAAGUUAAUAUAGGAUUAAAAACGUAGUCUGAACACGGUAUUACAGUCAGAGGUGGGUGAGUGGGAUGGGGACCAGUCUACAUACGCUCCUGCGUUAUAUUUGCGAUAUACACAGUUAGCAAAAAUUACGUUUUACACGCAAAUUAAUUAUUUAUGCAGGUAGAUCUGAUAAACAUUUUAAAUCAAGGAGGUAGACCCGAAAAGCUUUUUAAUUAUAAAUCAAGUGUUUUGUUUUGAAAACUGAUAGCUUUUAUACACUUGGUGUAAAGAAGAAAAUGCAGGGAUCUACACAGCAGAUUACACAACACGAAAUAGCAAGAGUGAGGAAGCGAUAUAUGAUACUGUUCGUUGUCAAGUGCCUGCUGGGUAUUAUACUACUUAUACUUGGCGGGUUGGCCGUAAAAAAUACUAAGGGACAGAAGGGCACCUUUGGUCCUCCGUACUUUCUGGGAGCCUUUAUCGUUGGAUGCGCAAUGAUCUUAGCAAGCUUCAUGGACGUUCUCAUGUACCGAAGUUUCACCUCCAACGACUCGGCUACACUGCAAAGUAUAUCACAAUAUGCUUGCUUUGAAGUUUUACUUACUGGUAUUUCAGUUAUUGGCGGAUUUAUUGGCAUAUUCUUCGUAUCAAUAUUUGGUGUUCCGGAGUGUGAGCCUUCAGAUUUCUUUAGUCACUGUAAUUAUACAAAAAACUUGUCAACAAAUCGUAGCCUUGCAAUAGGCAUCUUAAUAUCACUUCUUGUUAGUGAAAUUAUAGCAAUUGGAAGCAUUGUGAUACACUGUCGUAGUUGUCAAGGUCUUGGUCCGUACAAUAUGCUGAAACCUAGGCAGCGAAGAUUUGCUCCACAUCAUAAUGUUUAUGUUGCUGGAGGGGCUGGAAAUGUUGUCAUGACAACAGCUCCUGAACCAAGACCUUUUGCUGGUGGUUUUGGCGCUAAUCGUAACUAUAAUAGUUACAGCGCAGACACACAAAUUGUAAUUGAUGGUAACGUUAUAGAUAAAAACAGGGGCGGAUUUUCUGGAGCCAUCAUACACCCACCAGAGAAUACAACUGUUAUACAUCCUCCAGUGGGGUAUUCUCAGUACCCGAGUAUGACCAACCAAAAUACGCAGUAUAGUCAUGAAGGUCAAGGCAGUACCUCAGGAGCAUCUGUACAUCAAUUACAAGAACAGAACAGAUUACUAAGGGAGCAGAUUGCGCUACAACAACAACUUCAGUUAAUGCAGCAGCAGCAGCAACAACAAGAAAGUGCACCAUCAUCAUCACUCCCGCCAAUGCCUCCAAGUUAUGAAUCCUGCAUGCAAGACCCAGAACAGAUGAAGUUCCUACAAGAGCAAAAUGAAGAAUUACAAAAUAGAUAUCUGAGACGACAACAAAUAACGAAAGAUAUACCGUUUUCUAGUGACAGAAACACCAUACCUUCAGCUCCGCCUAUGUGACACUUCAAGCAUUCAGCACGACCUGUAUGAAAGAGACACAUUACGCGACAUGUAUGAAAGUGACAUAUUACGCGACCUGUGUGAAGCUAACUGUUGACGUUAAAGAGAAUCAGGACUUUAUCAGAAAGAUUUAAACACUCUCAGAGUAGAAACAGGCAGAUAUUGUAGAUAUAAUGACUUGUAGAAGAGUCUCUGUUACGGGUCUAUCAUAGAACCUGGAAAGGGACCAUGUAAAGUUGUAAAACAAGAAAGACUGGCAAAGAUGAUGAACAUCGGUCCAUAAUUACGUCUAAAGAUACACUACAGUGCAUGUCGAAAACAUAACAUUCUUAUGACAUAUACCCACACUCUAGUAUGUUGGCGUUUAUUGCACUAUUACAUUUAAUAGAUAGAAAAAACUUUGAAAAAUUCAACGUUCUUUAUGAAUGAAGUUCUUUAACAAUACGAUCAAAACAUAUAUAAUGAUUAUAUGCUCAUUGUCAUACAAACUGUGGUAUAUCAAAAACGCAUUUCUUUUACUGUACUUAUACUCGCAUUUAUAUUGUAAAAUAUAUUUGACCGUACUGUUGUGUUAUGCAAUAAUUUUUGUAAGCAAUUCGUUUGUUUGUUUGCUUGUUUUGUUGUCAUACCGACACAUAUCAGGUAAUCUAACAACUGUUCAUAAAACGUACAUUAUUUACUGCUUUAUGGCCGAAAAGUUGGAUUCAAACUGAAGAGGCGAAAAUUGUCAGCUUUUUCCUGGGUUGUGACACUCUCGUGUAAUCCAUAUCGAUGUAUUUAAUUGACACAUAUGUUAAUCUCUGCCAUGCUUAUGUUAUGACCAACAAACACAUGUUGCUGGCUAUAAGUGGACUGUACUAAAAGUGUUAAAAAUGUUCCUGCUUUUUAAACUGUACAUAAUUGAGCCGCGCCAUGAGAAAAUCAACAUAGUGGGUUUGCGACCAACAUUGAUCCAGACUGUUCGCUUUCAAAGACUAUUGCAAUUAGAGAAACUGUUAGCGAACAGCAUGGAUCCUGACCAGACUGCGCGGAUGCACAGGCUGGUCUGGAUCCAUGCUGGUCGCAAAGCCACUAUGUUGGUUUUCUCAUGACACGGCUCAUAUUAUGAUUAUAAUAAUAGCCGCUAUGCUAGAAAUCAUAAAGAACACAAAUUCUAUUUUAUCUGUUUCAUUCCCAUGGCUUUAUGCUACCUGAGCUAUGUUCAUUCACAACAUUGUAUUAUUUAAAAGAAAACACUUGUGGCUGCCUUCGAAGAUUUUCUAGGUUAAACACUUUUUCAAAAAAAAAAUUGAAGCAAGUGAAAGGAACUAGCAAAAUGAUAUGACAUCAUUCGAUUCUCAGCUUUUUGUUAAAGAAGUAUUAAAUGAUUGUGUUAAAAUUAAAGAAAUAAAAUAUUGCUAUAAACA